AUGUCUUCCGACGGUGGCAAAAAUUUCGCUCGUAGAGACCGUCUCCGCGAAAUCGAGGUAAAGGUCCAACAAUGGUGGGAAGAGAAACAGGUAUUCAAAUCUGAGCCUGGUGAUAAACCACCGGAGCCAGGUCAAAAAUUCUUCGGAAAUUUCCCUUUUCCUUACAUGAAUGGUUAUUUACAUCUAGGCCACGCUUUUUCUCUUUCGAAACUCGAAUUCGCCGCCGCGUUUCACCGUCUUCGCGGCGCGAAUGUGUUGUUGCCUUUCGCUUUUCAUUGUACUGGUAUGCCGAUUAAAGCUUCGGCUGAUAAGCUGGCUAGAGAGAUUCAACAGUUUGGUAAUCCGCCGGUUUUUCCGGAGGAAGUUGUUGAGGAACUGGAGAGUGUUGUUAUUGUUGAUGAAAAUGAAAAUGAAAAUGGUGCUCCUGCUAAGUUUAAAGGGAAGAAAUCUAAGGUUGCAGCGAAAUCCAGUGGACAGGCUUAUCAAUGGGAGAUUUUGAGGAGUGUUGGGAUAUCUGAUGCUGAGAUUUCGGAGUUUCAGGAUCCUUAUAAGUGGUUAUCUUAUUUUCCGCCGUUGGCUAUUGAGGAUCUCAAGGCUUUUGGUUUGGGUUGUGAUUGGAGGAGGUCGUUUAUUACGACGGAUACAAAUCCUUACUUUGAUUCUUUUGUUAGGUGGCAGAUGAGGAAAUUGAAGUCGUUAGGGAAGGUUGUUAAGGAUGUUAGGUAUACGAUUUUUUCGCCUUUGGAUGGACAGCCGUGUGCGGAUCAUGAUAGGGCUAGCGGUGAAGGUGUUCAGCCUCAAGAGUAUACUAUUAUUAAGAUGGAGUUGGUAGCGCCUUUUCCUGAGAAGUUUAAGGUUUUGGAAGGGAAGAAAGUUUUUCUUGCUGCGGCGACGUUGAGACCUGAGACUAUGUAUGGUCAAACAAAUGCAUGGGUGUUGCCUGAUGGGAAAUAUGGUGCAUUUGAAAUUAAUGAAACAGAGGUUUUUGUUACAGCACGGAGGGCGGCUCUUAAUCUUGCUUACCAGAAUCAUUCUAGGGUACCUCAGGAACCAACUUGCUUGCUUGAGCUUACGGGUCAUGAUUUGAUUGGACUUCCAUUGAAAUCUCCUCUUUCAUUUAAUGAAAUUAUAUAUGCACUUCCUAUGUUGUCUAUUUUGAUGGAUAAAGGUACCGGAGUGGUGACCAGUGUACCUAGUGAUGCUCCUGAUGACUACAUGGCAUUGCAUGAUUUGAAAUCAAAACCGGCAUUUAGGGCAAAGUACGGUGUGAAAGAUGAGUGGGUGAUGCCAUUUGAGAUUGUGCCUAUCAUUGAUGUUCCUCCGUUUGGAAAUAAGUCCGCUGAGACAGUUUGCUUGCAGAUGAAAAUUAAAAGUCAGAAUGAGAAAGACAAGCUUGCAGAAGCCAAGAAGCAAACAUACUUGAAAGGAUUCACUGACGGAACUAUGAUUGUUGGAGAAUUUUCCGGGAAGAAAGUUCAGGAAGUUAAGCCCUUGAUUAGGAGCAAGCUUUUGGAAACAGGUCAAGCUAUUAUAUACAGUGAGCCAGAGAAGCGAGUGAUGUCACGAUCUGGUGAUGAAUGUGUUGUAGCUCUGACAGAUCAGUGGUAUAUUACAUACGGGGAAUCGGAAUGGAAGAAGUUAGCUGAUGAAUGCCUGUCUAACAUGAGUCUGUAUUCGGAGGAGACGCGGCAUGGAUUUGAGCAUACUUUAGGCUGGUUGAACCAGUGGGCUUGCUCACGAUCAUUUGGUCUUGGGACACGCAUACCAUGGGAUGAACAGUUCCUAGUUGAGUCUUUAUCGGAUUCUACCAUUUACAUGGCUUAUUACACUAUUGCACAUUAUUUGCAGGAUGGGGACAUGUAUGGAACCGGUGAAUCAUCUAUCAAACCUCAACAACUGACUGAUGAUGUCUGGGAUUAUAUUUUCUAUGAUGGAGCUCUCCCUAAGGCCACCGAUAUUUCAUCAUCCGUUUUAGAAAGAAUGAAGCUCGAGUUUGAGUACUGGUAUCCAUUUGAUCUUCGGGUUUCUGGUAAAGAUCUUAUCCAAAAUCACCUUACUUUUUGCAUUUACAACCAUACUGCAAUUUUUCCCAAACAUCACUGGCCUCGUGGGUUUAGAUGCAAUGGCCACAUAAUGCUCAAUUCUGAGAAAAUGUCCAAGUCCACUGGAAAUUUCAGAACUAUUCGUCAGGCAAUUGAGGAGUUUUCUGCUGAUGCUACACGGUUCUCUUUGGCUGAUGCUGGUGAUGGUGUUGAUGAUGCAAAUUUUGUCUUUGAGACAGCAAAUUCGGCAAUUCUAAAGCUCACCAAAGAGCUUGCAUGGUAUGAAUCAGUUUUGCCUGCAGAAUCUUCUAUGAGAACUGGUCCGCCGUCUAUUUACGCUGAUCGUGUUUUUGCUAAUGACAUUAACAUUGCUGUCAGAACAACUGAGCAAAACUACUCCAACUAUAUGUUUCGAGAUGCCCUCAAGACUGGCUUUCAUGAUCUUCAGGCUGCUAAGGAUGAGUACAUAUUGUCAUGUGGGGUUGGCGGUUUAAAUCGUGAUUUGGUGUGGCGUUUUAUGGAUGUGCAGACACGCCUUCUAGUACCUAUCUGUCCACAUUAUGCAGAGUUUAUUUGGAGAGAGAUUUUGAAGAAGGAUGGUUUUGUGGUGAAGGCAGGUUGGCCAACAGCGGAUGCUCCUGACCUUACACUAAAGAGUGCCAACAAAUAUCUACAGGAUUCUAUUGUGCUGAUAAGGAAGUUGCUUCAGAAGCAACUUUCAGGCUCAAAGAAAGGAAAUAAGAAAUCUGCUCCAGUUGUAAUGCCGGGACAAACCAAGGUAAAAUGCUUGAUAUAUGUGAAUGAGCAAUAUGACGGUUGGGAAGCUGAGUGCCUUAGUAUUCUCCAAAAUAGCUUUAACAAAGAUACUCGUACUUUUCCUCCGGAUUCAGAAAUAAAGGAGGCUUUACAACAGAGUUCUGUAGGUCAAUCUACUGAAUUUAGACGUAUUCAGAAGUUAUGUAUGCCUUUCUUGAAGUUUAAGAAGGAAAAAGCAAUUGAAAUUGGGGCACAAGCCCUGGAUUUGAGAUUGCCAUUUGGUGAAGUUGAUGUUCUUAGGGAAAACUUAGACUUGAUUAAGAGAAAGGUAAGUUCAAAAGAUGUGCUUGUGGAAGAUGUGGACAUUGCAUUUGCAGCAGAUCCUGAUUCUGUAGCUAAAGCUGGAUCUCUUGUAACUAUACUAAAGGAAAAUCCUCCGUCCCCUGGAAAACCUACUCCCAUCUUCUUUCCUCAAUAA